CCAUCCGUCAGAGUAGUUCCGGAGAGUUGCGCGCGUGGGUGGGCAGGGCGCGCGCCGUGUGCGAAGCAACAGCUUCUUUUCGGAUCGUUCAGUUCAGAGGCCGCGCCACCGUCGCCGCCGCCGCCGCGACCAUGGAGCGGACGGAGGUCAGCGCCGACGGCGUACUCACGCCGCCGCUCAGCACCGACUCCAGCCUGCAGGAGCUGAUCGAGGCGGAGCUGCGCACGCGGCGCGCCACAGAGCCGGAGCCCGAGCCGGAGCCGGAACCGAAGGCGGAGCACGAGGAGGCGGAGGACGAGGUGAACCCGAUGGUCGUGGCCGCGGAGCUGAAACCGUCACGCUUCAUGACGGCUCAGCCAGAGAGCAUUCUCGUGGUGGAGGGGGAGGUCGCGGCACCGGCCGACUGCGACCCCGAGGGCGCAGAGAUCUGGGAGGAUGAGGCGCCGCCAGCGCCGGCGCCGCUGGGUGACCAACUGGAGCGCUCCGGGGCGGUCGACGGGGCCCACCGCAGCGCUGCCGAGGCCCACCACGCCGCCGACGUCGCUGCCGACGCCGCCGCGGCCGCCGAGGUGCGACAGUGCGUCGCCAGAGCCGGCUCGGCCGAACGCCGCGCCUCGGACGCCUCUGGCCCGCGCUCCGACGACGAAGAGUACCAGACUGAGCAGCACCACGCGGAGGAGCCGCAGGCGGGGGCCGCAGCAGGCGAUGACGUGUGUGCACCACUGCAGAGUCUGCGGUCGUCGGCUGAGGCUGGCCCUGGUGAGGCUGACGCGGAGCCCAGCUACCCGGAGGAGGCUCCGGAGAAAGUUCCAGAGGACUUUCCGGAGAAGGCUCUGGAGAAGGCUCCGGAGGAGGUUCUGGAGAAGGCUCUGGAGAACGCUCUGGAGAAGGCUCCAGAGGAGGCUCCAGAGGAGGUUCUGGAGAAGGCUCUGAACAAGGUUCCGGAGGAGGCUCCGGAAGUGGGUGAAGCCAGGUGUGGCCAGUUGGCCCGCGAAAAUUCGACGGGCGAUGAUUUGCCGGCCGCCCCGGCGCCCGACGACGGGAAGGAGCAGCAGCAGACUCCGAGCGAGCCGGACCAGGAGGUCAAGUUUACCCCCGAAGUCACCUCACCAGUGUCCGAUGACGUCAUUGGCGAUAUGGCGUCGAAGAUCACAGACGAGGACAGCGACGAGGGGGUGGGGGACGGCGCCGACAAGAGAAGGGCGGACGGCAAGGAGGGCAGCAAGAAGCUGCGCAGGAAGAAAAAGUCCGACACCGAGAAGGAAAACAGCCGCGUGGGCUCGGCUCGGCCGGCGCUCGACUCGGAGGGCGACUCGGACAUCAGCUCGGAGGGCAGCAGCGGCGCCAGCUCGCUGACGCGCAGCCAGGACAGCGGCGCCGGCGCCGGCCGCGCCCGCCUCUCCGAGAGCUCCGAGGCCGACAACGACGACGAGCUGGCCAACGUCAACCUGCGACAGCUGGUCAGCAGCGCGGCCCGGCGCCGCCUCAGGCCCGGAGGCCGGUGACGCGGGCGGCCCUUGUCGCAUGCAGUUGGGCGGGGCUGGUGGAAGGACGGCGUGAGGUGGUCGGCUGUCGUCUCUGGUCUGCCUUUCUGGCUGCUCUGUGUGUUACACUCGCACGGCCAAUGAAUGUGUCUUAGCGCGCUGGCAAAACGACCUUCGCAAUGUUGAGAAAGCACGUACUGUUCGUUUUUCUACAUUUCCUUCGUAUUGCGUCAAGUGCGGACUAAUGAGCAGCGUGGACGCACGCAUGUCCAUCUAAGCCUGUCCGUUUUGUCGUUCGUAUGGGCUUCCUCCCCGGUUCAUCUUGGCUCCAUUCUCCUUUGUCACGCCUUCUGGUCGUCUCCCUGCGCGUGGCGGUUGCGCACUCUCUCUCUCUCUGUCUCUCUCGGUGUGUGUUU